AUGGAUGCAUUGGAACUGUUUCUAGGCAACGAAGCUGUCUACAUUGAACACAACUUCCCUGACAUCCUGAAACUAAAUUACAAAGACUACAAAAACAGCAAAUCAAAGUAUCCCCUUGCUGCACUAUCAGGAGUCAUCUGCACCUGGCCACUUCUCAUUCCACUCCUCAUUAAAAUUGGACUACUUUUAGCGUGCAGCAAGGAUAAGAAACAGAAAAGCAACAGAUUCAGGUUAGUGCACCUGUUUCUGGCUAUUGAUAUAGCAGUUGCUAAUUUAGCUGUUUUACUGACCUACAAUACCAUGAAACACACCAUAUAUCGCAACCACAUCUAUUUCUAUUAUAUACACAUAGUAGCAGAACUCAUAUCACUAGGUUACGUUCUAAUUCUGACAAUUUGCUAG